UAAGGUCACAACAAAGCUCAGAUCCAAACACCAACUCUCUUUAUCUCUCUCUCUCUCUCUCGCUUUCGCUUAUUUAUACUUUUGUGAGUGUCUUCUCAUCCAGAAAAUAUAUAUGUUUGUUGUCUUUGUCUUGUCUCCCUCAGGAAUAUGGAAGCUCUCGGUUUCGGUCACCAGCCUUACAGCCGCAAGGAGAAGUCUCUCGGACUUCUUGUCUCCAAUUUUUUGAAACUGUACAACCGCGACGGUGUUGAUUUGAUUGGGCUCGAUGAAGCCGCCGGGAGAUUAGGAGUUGAACGUCGCCGUAUCUAUGAUGUGGUCAACAUAUUGGAGAGUAUUGGGCUUGUUGCGAGAAGAGGAAAGAAUCAGUACUCGUGGAGAGGUUUUGGAGAAGUUCCUCGUGCUCUCGCUGAACUCAAAGAAGAAGGAAUGAAAGAGAAGUUUGGGAUUGUCCCUUUUGUGACCAAGUCGGAGAUGGUUUUGUAUGAGGAAGAAAGACAAGAGUCUUUCAAGUUAACUCCUGAGGAUCAAGAUAACUCACCAUUACUCAAACUUGACAGCAAGAAGGAGAGAUCUCUCUGGCAACUUUCUCAGAGCUUUGUGAAGCUGUUUCUAUGCUCUGAUGAUGAUCUGAUCACACUCGAUGGGGCUACCAAAGCAUUGCUGAAUGAUCCACAGGAUCCAACGACUAUGAGAACUAAAGUUAGGCGCCUUUACGACAUUGCAAAUGUGUUUUCCUCAAUGAACCUAAUCGAAAAGACUCAUAUUCCAGAGACUAAGAAGGCGGCAUAUAGGUGGUUGGGAUCCAUAGACAUAUCUGAAAACAAAUCCCUUACUGCUUCUGCAAGCUCAUGUGAUCGUAUUGAGCCUAAGAAGGUGGCAUAUAGGUGGUUGGGAUCCAUAGACAUAUCUAAAAACAAACUCCUUACUGCUUCUACAAGCUCAUGUGAUCGUAUUGAGCCUAAAAAGCGGGCAUUUGGGACCGAGAUCACCAACUUUAGCGCAAAGAGAAACAAAGCAAAUUGUUCCAAAGACCGCAAGCAUAACGGGAAACAAAACACAAGCAGAGCAAUCAAGCAAGAACCAGUUGAUGAGAAACCUGACGUGAAGAACUUUGCCUUUGGAUCAUCCACUCCCGCUGGCGCUUCUGGUAUGAACAAUAUGGGAAACAACCUUAGGCCAAGACUUGGAGUUAUCGAGGCCCUUUCUUCUAUGUACCAGCCGCAAUACUGCAAUCCUGCGAUAUUUGGUCUUCUUGCGCAUUACAAAACGACAUUUGAGUCAUGCAAAGAAGAGUUUGGUCGGAAAUGACUUAAUCAGGUAGAUUAACUUGAUUCCCUGAUCAAAAGCCAAAAUUUUAGUGCUCUUUUGCGUUAUAAACUACAGAUUAAAACUCGUACAGUGGUGAUCAUUUACUUGCAAAUCAGAGCGUUAUCUUUUGGUUUUUGUCGAAUAUUUAUAAAAUAACUUAAAAGGUAGCUGACCGUUUAGGUUUUCUAUUCAUUGCUAAUAUUAAUUGUGUAAUCCAUUUGAUACAAUUUUGGUGCUUAAAAGCCUCAAAACAGUCAGUUUUCGUCUUU